AAGAUCCGAGCCACGAGCUUUAGAUGCCUGCAACUUCGUCAAACGAAGCAACCACUUUCAUUCCUGGUCCACAAUUUGCUGACCAAACCGUUAGUUUCGGCCGUAGACGAAAGAUCAAGCUAAACAGGUGUUUACUUAGUGACAACAACAUUUUAGUGUUACAUGCUCAGCCCAAUAAUUAUUGGAAGUGCACAAAGCGUAUAGACGAUCGGAUCCAAAACCUGUGAAAAAUGCGCAAAAAAUUGUUUGUUCUGCUGCUGAUGGCCAUCAUGACUUUAUGCGAAGGAUUGACGUACAAUCCUGAGCCUCCCAAACCAGCAAGAGAUUGUCCGAACUAUGGCAAACGUAAACCUACUAAAGCACCAGUUUAUUCCCCUACAAAUGAAAAUUUGAGCUUUGAAAAUUGCGGACAGUGGGACGGUAGUGGUGACAUGCCUUGGACAGUGAUUAUUACAGCUAAACCUAACAGCAGCGCGUGGGCGAUCGACCCGAUGCCUCGCGAUUUGACGGACAACAGAGAAACCUAUGGAUUUUUGGUGACUGAGCAAACCGUGCUGGCUGGCUUCAAUCAAAUCAAUCACGACGACAUAGAAGUCUACCGUAUAUAUGCUGGCCCAUGCUACUCUGGGUCAAAGGACGAAGAGCUAUGCAAGUUUGGUAGAGGAUUACUACAACAAAAAGCACUAUCGAGAUCAAGAAACGUCUUCGGAGACAAUGGAUAUGAAAUGUGGAAAAUUGAAAAAGUCACAAUCACUCAGCAUUUGAAACCAAUCUGCUUGUGGAAUCUGAACAGCUAUGAUCGAGAAUCUAGAUUUGAUUCAUUUGUCUUCACUCAAAAUAACACGAGGAGUUUAAAAAGGACAGAGCUUUUGAGUCAUCAGCAGUGCUAUCUCAAUAAUUCGAUAUCCUCAAGUGUUUGCGACAAGUUGGACUCACUUAUGUGUUCUGCGUUUGAAUAUUCAGGAUUUUUUCUGAUAACGAAGGUCGAUAACAGAUAUUAUUUACGUGCAACCAGAUGGGGAAAUUUCUUGCUAUCGGAGGAUCGGGUUGAAAAUAGGAUUCUGUGGUUCGACAUUCUGCAGGGUAUUGACAGUAUUGUUGCUAACUCGACCGGCUUAUUUCUGAUGCCUCCAACUCCAAAACUAGCGACGGAAAUAGAUUUUGGGACUGGCGAGAGCUAUGCAGGUUGCGGAGAAGUCGCUCAGGAUAAAACCAGAGGCCGUGAAAAACGAGACACGGCAGUCGUCGGGUUCAUACACCAAGGAACUAAUGCCCCAAUCGAGCAGAAUCCCUGGCAUGCGAGCCUGUCCAUCAACUUUCCAACGACGGAUUCGCUCUAUGACAUAUGCGGCGGCACGCUAGUGUCCAAGAGAGUAAUAGUGACUGCUGCUCAUUGUUUGUAUGAUCCAAAUACUGGUGAUAAAAUUGAAGCGGAAUGGCUGGAAAUCACCUUAGGAAUGUACGACGCAACAGACAGCGAAGAAAUCGGGCGUCAGACGGUCCAGGCUGCUUCCAUUGUGAUUUAUGACGGAUAUGACUACGCCAGACACGAUUUUCAACACGACUUGGCCCUGAUAAUUAUGAAAAAAGACAGCAUCCAAAUAACAGGGCGAGUGAGGCCUGCCUGCUUGUGGAAUAGUAAAUAUGACUUCGAAAAUAUCGCCGGCAAAAAUGGAAAGGUGGUUGGCUUUGGCUUCACUGAAAAAUUCACAAAGUCGAGCAUCCUGCAGAAAGCGUACUUAAGAAUUGCUCCACACGAAGAAUGCUUUUACACAAAUAAAAAGUUCUACUCAAGGAAUCUGAGGCCCACACAAAACUUUUGCGCUGGAUUUCCGCACAAUGGUACAAAUGCUUGCAAUGGAGACAGCGGCGGCGGACUGCUCAUUGCUAAUGGACCUUCGGCAAGGAAAAAGCGGUUCUAUUUGCGAGGCGUCAUUAGUUUUGGUCCCAGCCAAAUUAAGGAGAAAAAUAAUGCUGAAAUACGUGUGUGUAACCCAUCUAAAUAUGCCUUGUUUCUCGACAUCACAAGCUACAUGCAAUGGAUCGUGGAUAACAGUCCUGAUAUUGCAGCAAUUUAACCAAAUCACCCCUAGACGAGCAUUAUAUAAUAUUUAGCAUUUUACCCUAGAGAUUUCUAAUUAACUAAGCUGAACGUACAAACUGUAACAAAAAAUACGUUAGAAAAUUAAAUCGUUCAUUAUUUUCCUGUUUCAUUACGGAUGUGUGAUUGGUCUCUUAGGGAAACCCUAUAUCAUACCAAGAUCGGGCGGUACAAAAAUCUAGUUUUAAUGAUUCUAAUGCUAUAUUUAAUGUUAUAUUAGGACUAAACUGGACAGUUGUAAAUCUCUGGGCGAAUUGUUGUAAUA